AUCGCCUCCUGAGCCUGUAGACUCUCCAGCAAUCCUCAUAGAGUAUAUCUCGCAGUGUCAUUUCUCUCUAAAGUCACACUUUUAAAGUGGAGCAUUAGAAAGCCAACAUUUGCAUUCGACUAUUUUCUGCGUCAAUUGCUAAAGUCGGAGGAGCGUCAAAUCUUUUAUUUUUGACAUUUUUUUUACUUUCAAGGAUUCCAGUUUUUCGCGCUGUGCGCCCUCACAGACUGUCACUGCAGUCUUUGGGCACCGCACUUGGAUUUAGAAAGAAGGAUAUCCUCCCAUUUUUACGGCGCCUGAGCUGUUCUUUAAUUCUUUCGCAUGAAUCUCCUCGACCCUUACCUGAAGAUGACCGAAGAACAGGAGAAUCGUCACUCUGACGCUCCCAGCCCAAGUAUGUCUGAGGACUCUGCGGGCUCGCCGUGCCCGUCCGGGUCCGGUUCGGACACUGAGAACACCCGGCCGUCCGACAACCACCUCCUCUUGGGUGCAGACUACAAAAAGGAGGGCGAAGAAGAGAAGUUCCCCGUGUGUAUCAGAGAUGCUGUGUCCCAGGUGCUGAAGGGCUACGACUGGACGCUGGUGCCCAUGCCGGUGCGCGUCAACGGCUCCAGCAAAAGUAAACCUCACGUCAAAAGACCCAUGAACGCAUUCAUGGUCUGGGCUCAGGCUGCACGGAGGAAGCUGGCCGAUCAAUACCCGCAUCUGCACAACGCGGAACUCAGCAAAACCCUGGGAAAACUCUGGAGAUUGCUCAACGAGGUAGAGAAGCGUCCGUUCGUUGAAGAAGCCGAGCGUUUGAGGGUGCAACAUAAGAAGGACCACCCCGACUACAAAUAUCAGCCGAGGCGGAGAAAGUCUGUCAAGAACGGGCAAAACGACCCAGAAGACGGAGAGCAGACUCACAUCUCUCCAAAUGCGAUCUUCAAGGCGCUGCAGCAGGCCGAUUCUCCUGCGUCAAGUAUGGGCGAGGUGCAUUCUCCAGGCGAGCACUCAGGUCAAUCCCAGGGCCCACCAACACCCCCAACAACCCCCAAGACAGACCUCCCCUCCAGCAAAGCUGACCUAAAGCGUGAGGGCCGUCCCAUGCAGGAGGGCACCAGCCGCCAGCUCAACAUUGACUUUGGAGCCGUGGACAUCGGCGAGCUCAGCAGCGAGGUCAUCUCCAACAUGGGGAGUUUUGACGUCGAUGAAUUCGAUCAGUACCUGCCGCCUCACAGCCAUGCUGGAGUGGCAGGAGCAGUCCAGGCCGGCUACACGGGCAGCUACGGCAUCAGCAGCUCCUCAGUCAGCCAGGCAGCCAAUGUGGGAGCCCACGCCUGGAUGUCCAAGCAGCAGCAGCAGCAGCAGCAGCACUCUCUGACCACCUUGGGCGGGGGAGAGCAAAGCCAGCAACAGAGAACCACCCAGAUCAAGACGGAGCAGCUGAGCCCGAGCCACUACAGCGAGCAGCAGGGCUCCCCGCAGCACGCAAACUACGGGUCCUUCAACCUGCAGCACUACAGCACCUCCUCUUACCCCUCCAUCACAAGAGCACAGUAUGACUAUUCAGACCACCAAGGUGGUGCUAACUCCUACUACAGCCAUGCAGCAGGCCAAGGCUCUGGUCUGUACUCCACCUUCAGCUACAUGAGCCCCAGCCAGAGGCCCAUGUACACUCCAAUCGCUGACACCACAGGGGUGCCCUCUGUGCCCCAGACCCACAGUCCGCAGCACUGGGAGCAGCAGCCCAUUUACACACAGCUCUCCAGGCCCUGAGGAGGCCUCCAUCAGCACUGACUGAACUCCACCCAUCAUAGACUUUUUUCUGUCACCUUCGUGCCACAAACCCGUCAUUGCCAACAGAAAAACAUGACAAGGACAUUUUUUAUAGUACUGAAAAUAUAUCUUUGGAUUGGCUCACGACAGUGCCUUUUGUAUUUGUUGGAAUUGUGAUUAUAUUUUUUUAGAUAUAAUGUUUUAAAAAAAGUGAAAUCCUCUGUGAGGACAUACUGGUUAUGAAUAUUUUAGUAUGUACUGUGUAUGUGUUCUACUCUUGUCAUCAUCAUCAUCAUCAUCCUCUUAAUCAGUGUCAUCAGCAUCUUCAUCAUGAUUUUUAGAUUAACACGUUUUUAAGGAGCAGGAAAGCCGGGUACAAAUACCCUCAGUGGCCUUACUUCUCACUGAUGUAUUUCUUGUACAGAAGUAAGAAACGUCUGUUUACUGACACUGCCGUCUUAGGAUAGCCCACAUUCUGCUUUGAGUUUUUGUACUGUACAUAUCUUACUGUAAUUCCCAUGAGAUGCAAGAAUUGAGCACUGCAGGUUGGAAAUAGAUUUGAAUUUUUGGCCAUGAUAUGACCAUGUCAUCAGUGAAUUUGUCAAAUAUUCUUCUCCUUCUUCUUCUUCGCUUUAGCUCAAAUGAUUAUUGGAAGUGCAGGUGGCAUGUAAUUGAACGAUGCUUGCUUUUACUGCCUUGAUACCGUUGGUGCCUCUGGAGCCACAGUGAGGAGGCUCAAGUCCUCUGGCAUUGCAGUGUCUAAACCAUAGCCUAGUUCUGGCUUCCUGCGUAAGGAGAUGCAGGAAGUGACCUUGACCUCUCUCUCCUCAGCAGCCAGCAGGUCUGAGGCUGGUAUGCUUCUAUAUCAUGCCUUACAAACCCCACCUUUUAUUUUCCUAACCUUUUUUUUUUCUCUUAAUUUAUUCCUUAGCAUUAAUUUUAUUUGAGAAUAACUAUUUGCAAUUAUCAUUUUAAUUCAGCAGCAGCUACCUGAGACGUUUUCAGUGGAUAGUUUGCGGCAAUAUGUGGUACAAAUUUGUUUAUUUAUCAUUUGUAAAUGUUUCCGUAUAAAAGGUUCCUUUAUUCAUGAUCUAGUUAUGUACAGAUUACUUAUAAUUACACGAUGAGUCUUUCUCUUAAAAAAAAGAAAAACUGGAUGUUUUUUUUUCUUUUUUGUUCUAACAAAUGAAUUAAUUGUUAUGGAAGCUGUGCCUGUUUUUUUUUUUGUUGUAAAGAAUUUGCUGGAAUCAACAGGAUACUUUUUGUUAUUAAAAGAUGUGUUCCUUGUUUUAUAUUCUGUAUCAUUAGUUCUCAGUUCGUCAUCUCCUUAAUGCAGUUUCCGUAGGUAAACAUGGCAUUGUCUUAAAAGCAUAUCUUUUGUAUUAUAUUGUUUGCAAUAAAAACAAAACAAUGAGAAAUAUU